CCCACGUGGUAUUAUGUAGUCUGCUUCAGCGAGUUCUGUUUACAUCACGGACAGUCUACAGAUUCAUGGUUUAAAUCCUCCACACUUUACACUCAACGUGGUGUCGGACGAUGUCUUCAGCAGAAGCGCUCACGAUCCCGUAUGAGCCACCUAGCUGGACGAAGAGACUAACAUGUGUGCCCAAACGAAAGAUUGAGUUAGCACAUCCCAACACACCGAUUCACAAAUGGACUUUACCUAGAGUACCUGAAGGAUUUUCUGUUUUCAUUAAACGAGAUGACAUGACAGGCAGUACUCUGUCUGGAAAUAAGGUGAGAAAACUGGAGUUCCUGCUGGCAGAUGCCAUUGACAAGGGCUGCAGUCACCUGAUUACCUGCGGCUCAGUUCAGUCCAAUCACUGCCGAGCUGUAGCAGUUGCUGCACGGCAGGUUGGCUUGACUCCACAUCUCUUCUUGCGUUCGGAUGCUGAGGAUGUAUUUGAUGUUGGAUGUGAGGGCAAUAUUCUUUUGGAUCGCCUUUGUGGGGCACAUAUUUAUCUUGUCCCAAAGAUCUGUCCGUACUACACACAUCUAAAACCCAGAAUGGAACGGCUUGCUCAAGAAAUACUUUCCAGAAGAGGAGAAAAAUCCUACUUAUUCCCAGUUGGUGGUUCAAACAAAAUUGGUUUGUUUGGCUACAUCAAUGUGUUUGAGGAACUAAGACAGCAGAAUGUUAUGGAAAACUUUGAUGACAUGGUCUUUGCUUGUGGCAGUGGAGGAACGGCAUCAGGGUUGUCUGUAAGCAAUUAUCUCCUGGGGUCCAAAAUAAGAUUACAUGGCAUUGUGGUGAGCAACAGUGAGAAGCAUUUUUAUCACCACUGUGACAAGACAUUGCAGAAAGUUGGUCUGACUGAUGUUUCUUCAAAGGACCUGGUCAACAUUGUAGAUGGUUAUAAAGGAAAGGGUUAUGGUCAGUCUACAGAAGAAGAGCUUGAUUUCAUCUGUCAGGUGGCAACAUCUACAGGUGUAUUGCUAGACCCCUCCUAUACUGGCAAAGCUGCUCUUGGAAUGGUAAAAGAGAUGCAAAAAAAUCCAUCAAGAUUCAAGGGCAAAGAAAUCCUUUUCUUGCACACAGGGGGAGUUUAUGGACUUUUUGAUGGAAGGAUGUCAACAGUAUUGCAGAAGAAAGAGGACAGCCAACCAUCCAUUAAAAUGUGGCCAGAUGUGGAGGGACCUUGUCCUGUUGAUGUCUGAUAGUGGAGCUUUAUGUAGCUUGACAGCUUAAUUUGUCAAUCAUUGUACAAGCUAUCACAGCUGUAAUUUUGGAUGUUCAUGUGCAGUAGAAGAGUAGCUUUGAAAAAAUAUGGGGUGGUUUUUUUUAAUAUAUCAGUCAACAUUUAUCUUAUUUUUUAAUGUGCUAUAAGUGUGUGAUCAUCUCCAAAGAACAAUGAGCAAGAAUAUCUUUCCAUGAGCAUGUUUUUGAACUCGGUUAUCAAUUUUGUUUUCCCUUCAUGUGACCACAUAAAAGCAUAAGAUUUAAUUAUCCACAAACAUUAGGGAAAUAUUAAAUUAUACUCUUGAGUGCAUGUCACAUAUAUAUGAAAAUAUGAAACUGUGAUAGUUGCAUUUGCAUUUAUUCUAAAAAGUGAUAUUUUUUAUUAAAUGUGUCUAUUUGAGAAUACUUUGCAGCUAUGACUGCUUCGUGAAAUGAACAAUUGUAAUAAGGAUCAUAUAAAUAUAGUUUAGAUUUGAGAACUUUUUGAUAUUUAGAAAUUUGUAUGUGUUUAUUGCCUUUACAUUAUAACUUUUUUUGCAUGUUUAGCAUCUUUUUACUUAAGGUUCAUUAAGUGCAUUUAGAAGCAGUAGGUAUUGACUAGUAAAAUAGAUACACCUUUUGAAGGCACUUAUUGUGCAUGAUAACAACUUUUUUGAAAAUUUACUGGGACAAAAGAAUAUUUAUUGUGAAGUCACACUUUUGACAUUACCUAAAGGACCCAGUAGACCAGAGACAUGGAUAGUGCUAUGCUUUGCUGUCUUCGUAAACCACUAGAUAAGAUUUAUUGCUUCUUUUCCAAUUAUAGUGCCAAUAUGUGCUCUGCAAUAAAUAAGUCAAAACUG